UUGAAUAAAGGCAACAUCCAAGUAAACCAAUGUAAAUGUCAGGUAAAUGUCAAAGUCAUUGUCUGAGUUGGUGACAGAGCUGUACAAAGUUCUACAGAGCUCAUAAACAGUGUAGUAGAGAAGAUGUUGUGCUUUUAUAUUUCUCUUCUGAUGGUCCUUUUUGGGAUGGCUACAGGUCUUACAAGAGAAUACAAGUACUUUCCCAUGACCAUGAACUGGAUUGAUGCUCAGAAUUACUGCAGACAAAACUAUAAGGGUCUUGCUGUCAUCACGUCUGAUGAGGAAAACCAGAGGCUUAUAGAUGUCGGAGGACCCUUAACUUUGGGUUGGAUUGGGAUGUACAGAAGCCAGGUAGAUCCAACCAUCUGGCUGUGGGAAAAUGGAAAACAAAAUUCUUUCUUCGGGUGGGAGCAGGGCGAGCCUAAUAACAUACAGAAAAUUGAGAACUGUGCUCAGAUGUCCUCAGGUGGCUGGAAUGAUUGUGUCUGUGGGACUCCUUUGCCUUUUUAUUGUUACAAGAUUUUAGUCUUGAUCAAGGAGAAAAAGAUAUGGGAAGAAGCUCUUGAUUAUUGCAGAAUGAACUACACUGGCCUGGCCUCCCCGGCCUCUAAGACACAAUUACAGUUGGCUGAAAUGGAGAGCAGUCAGACCCAAACAGACAGGGUUUGGGCUGGCCUGCGCUUCCAGAAUGGAAAAUGGCUCUGGGUGAGCAAGGAGCCAUUGGGGACUCUGGUCACACUGCCCGCAUGCCCGGCUCCACGCUACCGCUGUGGAGCUCUCAACACCAAAACACAUGUUUGGGAGAACAGAGACUGCAAUGAGAAGCUCAAUUUCCUCUGCUACUAAUAAAAUACCUUUCCAAAAGAAUGAUGAUUCCAUGUAUAUGCUUUCAGUGACCUCAUUCAAGAAGAAUACAUACAUGAAACAACAAUUUCUCCAGAACUUCAGAAUAUAUUCAUAUCUAAAAACAUGGAUUAUUUGUAUUUACAUUUUAAAUAUUUAAUUAUUAUUUAUUAUGUUUGAUGUAAUUGCUUGUGGGUACUAGAUACUUUUUUUUUUAUUAUUUCAUUAGCUAGAACUAAAGAGUAAAAUGAAAACUGUUUCAAAGUUAGCAUUAAGAAUAGAGAAAUUCCUGCUGACAGGUUAAUAUGUAAUCUGGUGUAUAAAGUUAGUUUUCAUAUAUGAUGAAGGACCUCGGUUACCUUUUUUCUGUGUGUUGUUUGCAGACUUGUGCUCUUACUUUACUGUAAACGUUGUGAAGCAGUUAUCAACCUAGCUCAAUUAAACUAAAAAAACAAGAGCUAGUACUUCUACUAAGAGAAGUAUUUUAUUGAUUGUGACUUGUUUAUAAAUACAGUGCAUUAAAAUACA